GAUAUUUCGCUAAGGAUAGUCCCAAAUUAGGACUUCCUUUGGAGAUGAUGAAGUUUAAGUUAGCCACGAGAGAGAUUUAAAACAUGUGGCUGUGUUGUGUAAAGAGACCGAGUCACACGAACAUCAUCUCCCACACGCCAUUUCUCCUACCACUCGGACCUAACAAACCAAAACCCGCCACGUUAUCUGAAACCCGAGUUCCCGUGAGUUAGGGAUCUUUAAUUGAAGGAACCAGACAUGAUCGCAGAGUCACACAUACACACACACAAUCCUUUUAGAAGUUUUGUCGUCCCCCUCGUAUGGAAUCCAUUGUGGGGCGACACAAACACAAUAUCUUCUUUUGCUUCUGCUCUUCUUGAUCUUCUUUUCAUAAGAUCUAUUUCUUUCAGGUGGAUUUACCUCUCCAUCUAUUUAGAAAAGAAAAACAAGAAAGAAAGAAAGUUCAAAUCUUUUCGAUCUAAAGUAUUGUUUGAUUUCAGAAGGGAUACGAAGAAGAAGAAGAUAAAAUGGGAGGAAUGAAAGAUGAGGCGAAGAGGAUAACAAUUCCUCCAUUGUUCCCAAGGGUUCAUGUGAAUGAUACUGAACGAGAAGUCUUAUCUCUCUAUAAACAUUCCACUCUUCCUUCUCCCACCAACAAGAUCUCUGAUUCUCCUUCCACUCUCUCUUUGUCUCUUCCUCCUCCAGCCAACAAUACCCAUCUCACUGAACGAUCUGAAAAGAAUGAGUUUUCACCAACCUACAACACUUCUGCAGCAUCAAAGCUUGAAGGGAUUAAUGUGAAUAAAAAAGGCAUGAAUUAUCCAAAUCCUAGAGGAUCAUCAGUUACUAACACUAAACCUAGUUCAAUUAAACAAAAUGAGUACCAUUUCAAGAACCUUACCAACUUGGAUUCUCUUAAGGUUCCUGUUUUUAGAUUCCCGGAGACAGAUCCAAAAGCAAACACAGAUUUGUCACUACAGUUUCAUAAUAGCAGUACCAGUAAAUCAAGAGGAGAAGCUGCUGGUUCCAAACCUCUCCUGAACAAUCUUCAUAUUCAAGAAUUACUAUUACCACAAUGUUUGGAAGAUGAAAGCAAGAAGGGGUCUCUUAGUGUGAUGGAAACUCAACUGUAUAGAAGAAGAGCCCUUGAUACUCGAAAGAAGCCUCCACGUGAGCAAGAUGCCUCAGACUGUUCUGCAGUAGACUUUUUGUCUGGUAUGAGUGCAGCUUCUAAUGAUGUUGCAAGAGUGAUAGGUGAGAAGAGAUUUUGGAAGAUGAGAACUUAUAUUAUCAGUCAGCAGAAGAUCUUUGCCACUCAAGUCUUUGAGCUGCAUAGACUGAUAAUGGUUCAAAAAAUGGUUUCAAAGUCGCCAAACUUGGUUUUCAAAAACAAGAUCAAUGGUGGUAAACGUUCCACAAUGAGUUCAGCUCAAUCCCAUCUCCUGGCAAUGGCUGGUUCAAAGGUUAAAAGACCAAACACUGAGAAUCAGAAACGUGUAACCGAAGACUAUCCAGAACAUAUGAAACCUAAUCUUCCUUUACCUUUCAUAAGCAAAGAGCUCAUGACCCCAAUUUGGCAACAACAGCUACUUCCUCCUCCAGGAAACCAAUGGUUAGUUCCAGUAAUGUCUCCUUCAGAAGGUCUAGUCUAUAAACCAUACGCAGGACCAUGUCCUCCUCCUCCUUCAGCUUUCAUGCUUCCUAUUUAUGGACAAGAUUCUCUCGCCACAGCAUCCAGGUUCCCUGCUUCUACUCAGUUUAGCCACAACCACUUCCCACCGAGGACAAAAGUAUUUGACCAGACAAACCCGUUUGGUCAGCUUCAAAGAUGGUCAAGCACAUCUAGCCACAUGACUCAAGCGAUUCCAUUUUCCUUAAAGAAGUCUGAUCAGGAAUCUAAUGACAGUGAGGUACAUGGAAGUACAGCUUCAAGUCCACCAGAGAAGCAUAAAUAUGAUGUCCUUCCACUUUUUCCUACAGAGCCUACUCAUCACACUGACGAGUAUGAGCACAAACAGCAGCCCCUGGCUCGUGCCAUUAAAGCCAUUCCUCAUAAUUCAACAUCUGCCUCUGAAUCUGCUGCAAGAAUUUUCCGGUCAAUUCAGGAAGAAAGGAGGGACUCAGAUCAUAUGAUUAGUUAGUUUUUUCUCUUAAUUUCUCCACAUUCUUUUUUUCUCUAUAAUUGCUUCUUCAUCUACUUUAGAUUUUAUACUAUUUACUCUUCAUGUGAAGAUGUAAAUCAAUACUGUCACUAUACAUAAAACAUACAUACAUCUUAUACUGAUAUUGUAUUGACAAACAGAAAAUAAAUGAUAGAUUCUUUUGUUACA